AUGCCCUUCCCAACACCAGCGGAUCGCCAGCGUCGCAUCAUCCGUUUGUCGCAAGAAUGGGGAAUCCAACUGCCUCCUGUGUCGGCCCCGCUCACGCGGCCACUGAAGCCGCCGACUUUCUGGACUCCCCAGGAUGACCAGACUGCCGAGGAGCUCAUGCAACGUCGAGCUUCCGACCUUGCUCAAUUCCGCCGCAAAAGUUCCCUCAGCAAAGCCUUCUCGUCCAAUAACCUGAAAAAGGGCAAAGGCUGGGAUCCUCGUGAGGUUCUCGAGGUCCUCGCCUCCUGGAUUGCUAGUGCAGGCUCACCGGGUGUAGCCGAAGCCCUGAUAUUGAAACUGGCUGCCGGAGGGGUCGACUUCAGCGGAAAUCAGACCAAGCAGAAGAGCAGCAUGCUGAGCCGCAGGAAGAGUGUCGACGCUGUCGUCGACCGUUUCAGGUUUUUAAGCUUGGCGGUUGACGGCGACCAGUAUGACAUGCUGCAGGUUUUGCUGCCCCGUGCAGAUUCCUACUCCAUUGACAAGGCGCUUUCGCCAGCUAUCCGAAACGGAAACAUGCCCAUCGCUGAGCUGCUCGUGCGUUACGGAGCAUGUGCUUCACGUACCCCAGAGGGACAAGACGCCUUUCGCCAGGCCUGUGUCGACCAGAGUCGCUCCGACCUGAUCGCUUUGCUCCUUCGGCCAGACAGUCGACCCUCACCGGCCUGGGCUUCAGCAUGCAUGACUGACGCGGCUCGCGCAGCAUGUCUCGACGCUGUACUUCAUCUUAGCAGAUCAACGGCUGAUGGUGACUACAAUCGUGCCGAAGCUCUAAAAUCCGCCAUCGCACUCGGACGGCAUGAUAUAGCCUUGGUCAUCAUCAUGGGCAACCAGCCACCCCAGCCAACCGCUCUGGGCGAGUCCUUUCAAGCUCUGUACGAAAAUCCGUCCAUAGAUCCACCUCAAAAGCUUGCCAUGGCAGAGCUGCUUCUCUGCGCUGGGGCUCAUGGAGAUGUGGUAUCACAAGCCUUGGAAAAUGCCUGCGACAUCCAGUUCUACGACAUGGCCAACCUGCUCGCUCAAUACGGCGCAUCAAUUGAACACAAUGAUGCUGCCGUUUUGAAAAAAGCCAUUGCCCGCGGGCAGCUGGACUUGGUGCGCUCGCUCCUCACCAGUUCCGCCAAGUUGAGUCCAUCGCUUGCCUCCAGCUGCGUGCCACUGAUUGCGAAAGAAGCCCCGUUUCAAGCCCGAGCCACCCUUUUGACCCUGCUCUUGGACAAGGGGGCAAGCGGCAUCCCUCUAGACGAUAUGCUCAUCGACGCCGUCAAGGCCGGGGACGUCGGUUCCGUAGAUUUGCUGCUGAAUCCUUUCUUUCCGGCGACGUCUCCUGCUGCAACGGGAACGAGUAGUGAUCGAAUCAGGCCGUCUACUGUGCUUUCGCGUCACCAGGUCGCUUCUGUUGACCACAAAUCUGGGGAAGCACUUCGAACUGCUGUGUUACGAGGUGAUGUGCUCAUGGCAGGCAAGAUUCUCGCUGGCCAACCAGCCGACGAGACGCUGUCCAUGGUAUUUCCAUUGACGGCAACGCUAUCCCCCAAAGAUCGUUACCGGAUGGCCCAACUUUUCCUCAAACAAUCUUUAUCCGGACCCUGCCUGCAAGCCGCUUUACGUGACGCGAUCAAUGAGGUUCCGGCUCAACGCGAUAACGAGUUUAUAAAGUUGCUGUUGGAGCACAAGGCCGACAUAAACUUCAGCCAGGGCUCGGCAUUGACCGUGGUAAUCAAGCAAAAAGAUCUCGGACUUCUCGACUCCCUCUUACGAGACGCCUCUCCGCAGACUGCCGCCGCCAGAAUCAUGGACGCCAUGGACGUUCCGGAGCCCAAGGAGCGUUUCGACAUGGUUUCCAUGCUUGUAAACGCUGGAGCUGCCAUUGGAACCCAAGAGAUGGCAACGGCACUGCUGCAGACGCUGUCCGAGAGGCCGGUGGACAUGUCCUUGCUGCGAACGCUGCUUCAGCAAGGCGGUGCUGACGUCAAUCUCCUCGAGGGUGCCAUCGUGAAGAAGGCAGUGUCGAACCCGGACCCAAAGGUUCUCGACAUGGUAUUCGGGUACGGAAAGCCCUCGCCAUCGUCCGUAACUUGCGCCUUUAGUGAGAUGGCUCCGCUACCUUCCACCGACAGCAAAGCAUGGAAGCUGCGCGCUAUCCUCGCCAAGUGCAGCACCAAGGAAGAUUUGCACUGGGUGUUGGUGCACGAGGUGCAGUCGCUGCUGAAAGCGGGCGGCGCCAAGGCCUCUCUGUCAAGUCUGAAGAUACUGCUAGACGGAGGCGCAGACCCCAACGCCUACAAAGCUGCGGCACUCUGUCACUCGGUUAUCGGAGCCAGCUCAAAGGUAACUGACAUGCUGUUCGAAGCGAGGACCCCCCUGACCUCUGCUUCACUGGGUGCUGCCUUGCCUCACGUGCUGCGCAUUCCUGACGCAAAGGAGAGGCUCACCCUCACCAAGAAGCUGGUCGAGGCCGGAGCGCACCCCCUCGAAGUCAAUCGUGCACUGGUGCACGCCAUUGCGACAUAUACCAAGGACGUGCACCUGCAAAGCGUGCUGGCUGCGGCGGCCGACACCUCGGACGGAGAGGCGCUCGCUCUAUCAGUAUCGAAGGAAUCACCAGAGACCGCAGAUCUCCUCCUGGCCAAGUCGCCGUCAUCUGCAGAGAUUCGUGGCUCGUUGCUCGGGAAGGCGAUGGGCAUAAGGAACCGAGCAACCAGACAUCACAUGUGCGAGAGUUUGCUGAAGCUUGGUGUCACGACCGAUGCUGCAUCAAGCGCUUUGCUUGUGGCUGCUCGCGAUGGCGAUGUCAACCUUGGCGACCUGCUCAUGGCGCAUGGAGCUAGCAUAGCGACAAAAAACGGCCAGGCCAUCGUCGAGGCGUGCCGGAGUGGAUCUGCAGAAGUGUUGAGCAUCUUGCUAAAACAAGACGGCCGCAUCGCCAAAUCAACUCUCCAAGCUGGAUUCCAGGCUGCCACAGAAGUACGGGAUUUGAGCAAGAGGGCAGUCGUCUUUGAAAAACUGCUUGGCAAAGGCGUCAGAGGCGACUUGGUUGAUGCGCAACUCCAAUCCGCAGCUCGAUAUGGCGAGGAUGGACAAGCUGUGUUGCGAGUGUUGCUCGUUGCCGGUGCAGACCCCAAUUUCAACAAUGGGGAGUGUGUCGUUGCAGCUACCAGGAGCGCAUUUAUCGGCAACCUGGAGCUGCUGUUGGGGCUUUGGGACGAGGGAGGCAGCCAGAAAAAGGUAGCUCAGCCGGCACUGGCUCGAGCUCUCAAGGCAUGUUGGAGCCUCGGUCGCGACAGCCGGUUCAGAGUGGUGCGUGAUCUAUUCAAGGCUGGUUUGCAGGUGACUGAAGACCUGCAUAUUGCGCUAAACGAGGCUGUCAACGAAGAUGACCCAGAGCCGAGGCUUGUUCGCCUCCUGCUCGAUCACGGCGCUUCACCGGCCGCCAACGGCUGCAAAACACUGGUGGACGCGGUGAACAACUCUGCGUCGGCUGUGCUGGAAUUACUCCUCGCGAAGAACUUGCUGCGGGAAGAGCUCGACAAGGCGUUCAAUGCCGCUUUCACAACCCGCAACUUUGACAAGUGGUUCACCGAGUCCGGGCUUGAAACUGCCAGCCUGCUCCUGGACAAAGGCGCACACGGAGACUCUCUCAGCGGUGCACUGACACUUGUGAUGAAGCGUUCCACAUCGGAAACCAUCGAGUUGGCUGAUCGAUUCGUCACGCUGCUCAUCAAGCACGGCGCAGAUGUAAAUCACAACAGCGGCGAGCCACUGCAGCAAGCGGCGUCCAGGGCGAACGCUGCUUGGACGAAGCAACUUCUCAACGGCCGACCUACGAUGGAAACCUUGUCGCUAGCGUUCCAGUGCAUCUUCGACACGGCCCUUUCUCAGGACGAGGUCCUGGAGCUGUUCAAACUAUUUGCCGAGUACCGGGACGGCGACGUUCGAAUCGACAUCAUGACGGUUCAACAAGGCUCGCAGCCAGUGCUCGUCCGAGCCAUUUCCCAGUACCCGAGAUCGACCACCAUUCUGGAAACGCUGCUAGAUGCCGGGUUGUAUCAUGAUCAAGCCACCACGUACAAGAUUUGCCCUGAUAUCGAAGAGGCGGAAGAGAUGACGCUCCUUGUUUGGGCGAUUGCGCAACCCCAGAAACGCGUCAGCAACGGUAUGAUUGAGUUGCUUCUUGAUCGGGGAGCCAAAGUGAAUACGGAAACAAACCUGUCUCGCACGACACCACUUAUGCUCGCCAUUCAGAACCGUCGCCCAGACCUUGUCAAACUUCUCUUGCUCGAGGGCGCCGAAGUCGACGUACAGGAUCAUCUUGGGCGAACACCGCUGUCCAUGGCCACCCAUAUCGGCGGCGAAAUCUCCGCGCAAGUCAUGUCUUUGCUGCUGGCGGCCGAGCCAGCCCGCGACGAUGGCUCCCUUCACAACGCCGCGCGCGACCUGAACUUGCCCGUCGUCAAGGCCCUGGUGCAGUCGGGCCACGACCCGGACUUCCCAAGCCCUCUGCAUCAAGGGCGAAGCGCUCUUGCCGAACUGUGUCUUCACGGCUCCGACAGUGCCGAGAUGACGGGCGACCGGGAGCGCAGCAUGCAAAAGGUCAUGACGUUCUUAAUCGACGCCAAGUCGGACCUUUCCAUACGAUCCGGGGACAAGACGCUGCUGCAGCUCUGCUUCGACGCCGCGGACCCCGUUUCCACGACCCGAUGCUUCCUCAAGAGCGGCAUGUGGAAACACGUCAACAAGCCGUUCAACCACCACACCGCCAACGGGUACACGUACUCGCCCACCAUGUACAUCAGAAAGCUGCUCCCGCCGUCCAGCUUCUCCGAGCCGCUGCUCAAGAUCCUCAGCGCCAACCGCGCCAGCGACGUAUACUACGCCGCGUCGGGCGGCGCGCAACCCGACGACGCCGUCGGCCUCCCGCACGACAUGGCGGUGCAGGAGCGCGCCCGCAAGGCCCGGCUGGAGCGGCUGGCCGAGGAGUCGCAGGAGUUCAGCAUCGCCAUGGCGCGCAAGCGCGAAAUCGCCUCGGUGGAGCAGCAGAUCCUGGCGCAAAAGGCCGAGAUGGAGGACAUGCGCCGCCGCAAGCUGCACGGCGAGGACGUCGCGGCCGUCCGGGCGCGCGCGCAGCUGGAGGAGUCGCUCGCGAGCGCGGCGCACGCAAGACGCCUGCAGGAGCAGCACGCGCUUGCCGAUUCCUCCAUUGGCAGGGCGCGCGCCAUGGCCGCCACGGAGCUGGAGGCCGACGAGGCCAGGCAGAGAAAGGCGCUCGAGUGGGAGGCCCGGAUGAACGCGGAGAGGGUGGACAACGCGCGCGCCCUGAGCUCGAUCCGCGUCGGCGAGAGGCAGGAGGUCGAGAGGCUAGACAAGGGCGCCGAGCAGAGGAUCAAGAGCCGGCUGGAGGCGCAGAGGAAGCUGGUCGAGAGCCAGGAGAAGCUGGCCAAGCGGCUGGCGGACGGGUCCCAUGGCAGCGUGGGGAUGAGCGACGCCCGAAGGCAAAUUGGGUACGUGACGGAGAUGAACUAG